AUGCCCCUGAUCGAAAAUGUACGCCUUCCCACCGAGCCCGUGCAAUCAGUCUUAACCCUUGAGCCAGGCUUGAUACGGGUCGCAAAGUCCGAGCACGAUGUCGCCAACUACGCCUCUACCUUCGCCCGCAGACCGGGUACGGCCCCCACGAACCAGCCCCUUCCAGACACCCAAGUGACUUCCCUUGAAGAAGAACUCCGUGCAACAGGCCAUCCAUCCGAAGAGGUGGUACAAGGCCAGACAUGCUUGCUUUGGGCACGUUGGGUAGGAGCACAUAAAACAGACCGCCAGGUCCCUGCUCUUACGUUCGAACCCGUGCGCACCGCGGCCGACGCCACUUCGCUAUGGACAAAGAUAUGUGUGGUCAAGACAGUUUACAUUAGGGGAAUGCUCUCCGCGCAAGCUGGCGAGAGUCAAGAGGCGAAGGAAAUACUCAGCUCUCUGCUUCCCUGGCUGGAUGCGAACAGGAGCCUGGUCGUGUCUACCCCUCAACUCCUCUACUGGGCACAACAACUACUCGGUCGGGUGGCAUUGGGUCAAGAAGUGUCUGUCACGCACUCUACAACCAUCGAUGGCCACGAGUCGGCCUCCUUCAGGCUCCAGGCCUUCCGUCAUUGGGCUGUACUUGCGACCAAGAACCAGGAGGUGUCAGCUUCAACUUACGGCAAUGGUCCAGGACAUCUGUCGAAGCUCGAAAUAUGGAGAGCCUACUACAGGUUCAUGUCCAGUAUUCUGCAAAAUAGACACGGAAUCGCGGACCACGUCUCUAUCGAACACUCCGACUUGGCGAUCGAGCUACGGCGGGUGGAAACGUCUUAUGAGAACGAACUCUUGCGGAAUGUACAAUUUCCCAAGGCCACCGAAUCCAACGCGGUCAUAGAAGCAUGGGUGGAGGAGUUCAUCCGCAACUGGCAAAUCCUUUGCGGCCCCAACUGGUCGGAGUCGGAUCUCGGCGAAGGUGGCCGCAAUUCAUGUGGCAGAAACGUGCUCGACAUGCUUUAUCGAGCUGCCACCAAGUCAUUUCACUCCACCCUAAUUCUACGCCGACUGUUCCAAGUCCACAAAGCUUUGACGGAUUUCGGCUUGGCUUACAAGGCUUUGGAUACCUAUAUUGAGCUGAUGGACCGCGCGCGGGCUGGGGCUUCCAAGUCCGAGGCUCCAGCGACCAGCAGAGACAGUGAUGAAGUCUUUAUGCGGACCAUCGCGGAAGGGAUUGAGGGCCUGUGUUCGUUUGGCCGAUAUGUUGAGGCGGAAAAGGCGCAUGAGCUGUGCGACAAGCUCCAGGAUCUUCUGGACGAGCUUGUACUGCCACAUACAGCUUCCAUUCCCAAUGGCUUUGCAUCAAAAAGCAACGGAGAGGUCAACGGAGAGAAGCCGGUCCCUCCCCGUCUGUCGGCCGACUUGCUGGAGGCGACCUACCGAGCCAUCGGUAUCGGAAAGGCCCAGUGGGCUCGCUGGACGCCUUUCAGUGAGGAGCGGAUCAAUCUGCAAACUGCAGCCAUUGAAUGUCUACAGAAGGCGGCGGCACAAGAUCUCCCACCUGAAAAGCAACUGCCCACUUUGUAUGCACUAAGCCAAUUACUCGCGCAGACACGAGACAUUGACAAGGCGAUCGCAACAGUGAAGACAGCCCUGUCCUCGGAAGCGGAGAAGCUUGGGACAGACAACACUUAUAGCAUACAGCGGCAGUUACUGCCAUUUUGGCACUUGUUAUCGCUCCUUCUCACCUCCCGGCAGAAUUUUGAGACGGCAGGUCAAAGUUGCGUGGCAGCGUUUGAGCAGUUCUCCCCUCCCGAGACAAUCUUUGGCGACUUCCCCAAUGGUUCGGCGGGUGGUGGAAGAUUGGCCCGUGGCUAUCGCAAUGCCGGGCUGGUGGAUGAUAUGGAGUGUGACGAACUGCAGAAAAUCGUCGAGAUUCGCAUUACCGAACUCGCGUUGACGGAGCUGACGGAAGGUCCAGAGCAUGCGGUCAACAACAGCAACGACUUGCUUGCACUAUACUCGCGGCUCUUUGGACGACACGGGGUCAUCGCCGUCAGCGAGGAAACAUCCAGAAAGAGAUCGAUUCAACCUCCCAAAAGCUCGGGUGGCACGGUCAGGAGUCUACCGGGCAAACUGUUUCACCGAAGGAGAGUCGGCAGGUCGAGCGAGUCGUCCAAAGGAGUGCUCGUCAAUAACGCUCCUUCGAUAACGGAAGAACCACGACCCAAUACUCAGGCCACUCAGACGACCCAAGCACCGACUAUCCAGGUCACCAACGAAGAAGGCAAAUCAUCACCGCACAAGCAUAAAAGGUUCCAUAUCCACGAGCAUGGAAAGGAGGGCAAGCGUCAUUCCUCGGCACCUUUGCCGUCGAUGGGCCCGAGUUCACAGCGCUCGAGGUCCUUGAGUCGAGGGAGGAAAGAGCCAAGUCAUAAUGCAUCGAGUACCAGGCAAUCAUUUGAGACCUCACAGGAGACAGUUCCCAGCUCGGAGGUGACAGCCGACACAGCUCAACCCGAGCAGCGGUCCCAGUUGGAGACUAUUCAAUCCGCAGACGUCCCCGAGGUGCCUGUGUCCCCGGAUCACGAUGCGAGCGAAGGAGCCAAGCAGCCCUUGAAGGAAAUCCCGCACAACCUCGCGUCACAUGAGAAGGUGCCGCCACCGGCGCAACACCACGAUCAACCUCCUCAGCAAGACGUGCGACUACCUGUCGUGGGACCGGGGACACUGCGGACAGAUCCUAUCCCUCGGUUCCCACGGACGGCGUCUCAGAGACAUGCCCUGAGUAUAUUGGUCAAAAUCUGGCUGAUCAUUGCGACGCUGUACCGGAGAGGCAAUAUGUUUGACGACUCACGGGAAGCUUGCGACGAGGCGGCCAAAGUGGCCUUGAAGAUUGAGAGCAUGGUUGCCAGCGUGGAAAGUUCAGCCAGGGCAUUCAGCGAUGGUGGAUGGGGCGGUGGCGGAAAAAGCUCGGAUGAGCUUUGGGCUGACGUGUACUGUGAGCGAGCGGACCUGCUCAUGGCCGUCGCUCGCGCUCGCGAAGAAAAGGAAGGUACCGUCCCCUCUGAAGGAAUCCGGGAGGCGGUGGAAAACUACGAGCAGUGCCUGAUGUACUUUGCCGACCACCCUGGCGGCAUCGUGGGAUUGAGUAACGUGCUCCUGGACUACUACGAACGCAAGGUGGAGCUGGCCCGGCGGAUCGACAACGGUAAGCCCAGGGCAGAGGAAGCACCGCCAUCACCACCACAGGACGAACCAGCCCGACCGAAGCACAAGCGCGAAUGGAGCCGAAUCUCGACGGGGCCGACCACGAACGGCUGGUUGGAGAUGGAUGGUCCCGCCGCGAAUGCAAGCGCGCCGGUCGGUGCGUCGAGCAGCAUCCCAUCAACGAGAGAAGAGGAUCUUAAGAAGACGCCCGAGAACCUCAACAGACUGGCAGCCCGCGACCGGGCAUAUGGGCUCCUGUCGACACUGACGAAGUUGGGGUCGGGUUGGGACAAUUCGGAGGCAUGGUUUGCACUGGCCCGGGCCCAUGAAUUGGGGGGCGAGGUGGACAAAGCCAAAGAGAUUCUGUGGUGGUGCGUCGAACUGGAGGACACGCGGCCGAUUCGACACUGGGCCAAUGUUGGGUGUGGAGGGUACGUUCUCUAG